AUGAAAUUAAUUAUUCUGAUUGUUUUUAUUUUUAUUAUUGCUGUUCAAUCAGCAGAACUUCCAAGUAUAUCAACUAAACGUGUGCAACGAAAUUGUAGUUUUUCAGUGCGACAGCAUAGAUGUCCACCGUUGGCACGGUUAGCCAAAGUCGUAACAGCUGGAAGCGUACAAUUGUUGAAUGAAUUAAGUGGUACUUUCUGGAUAGGACUCAUUUAUAUUGGCACACCACCACAAAAAUUUUAUGUUGAUUUUGAUACUGGAUCAUCAGAUUUGUGGGUAUCAGCGCCAAGUUGUGGUAAAGCUUGCGGUGGAACUAAUCACUAUUAUAGUAACAAAUCAACGACAUAUAGACCUGUUGGUGUACCAUUUGAGAUCCACUAUGGUGAUGGUUCAUAUGCUAAAGGAAAAUUUGAUAAUGACACAUGCACAGUGGGUGGUAAAGCUGUGAAAGGUCAAUUAUUUGCUGAGGCGACUUCAGGAUCGGGUCUUGAAAACUAUACUCGUGAUGGGCUCCUUGGCUUAGCCUAUCCACUUGAAUCCUCGGGUGAAACUCCAUUAUUCUUUAAUAUGUAUAAACAAGGCCUUAUACCGCAACCAAUAUUUGGAUUUUAUUUUCAUCCGUACAGACAUCACAUCAAAUUUACACAAAAUGGUAAAUUAACGGUCGGUGGUGUCGACACAACGAAAUACAUAGCUCCAAUAACGUAUGCACCGGUGAUCCUUAAAGGCUAUUGGGAAUUUUCCAUGAAUAGUGUUAGUGUUUCAAACACAAAAGUAUGUUCAUCUGGAUGUUAUGCCAUAGCUGAUACGGGUACAACACUUAUAGUUGGUCCACCGUCGCAAGUCAAUAAACUGAAUGCAUUAAUAGGUGGCAUAUAUAUUGCCGCUUACGAUACAUUUUUCGUUGAUUGUUCGCGCAAGCUAUCUUCGUUUCCAAAUGUGACAUUUACAAUUAGUAAUCAAAGAUUUGUCAUAACACCAUUACAAUAUAUACGGAUUUUCGGAGAUAAUAAUACAUAUCUCUGUACCACUGCAUUUCAAGGUGCCGAUGAUAGAGAUAGUUCCAAAAGACCAAUUUGGAUAUUGGGGGAUUAUUUUCUUGUACGAUUUUAUUCGAUUUAUGAUAUUGGAAAAAAUCGUGUAGGAUUUGCUAAAUCUGUAUCAUAUAGCUUCUUACAAACAGUACCUAGUUCAUUAUUUAAAGGUUGA